AAAAUAUUAAAAAAAAUAUUCGAUUUAAUUCAUUUGAUUGGUUAACCCAUUCUGUUCUAAGGACAUCUAUUCUAAACCAAUCAAAUUUACAGGCAAACAAAAUUCAAUAUACAAUGAUUAUUUAUAUUAUUUAAAAUAUUAUCCAUUUAAUUCUUUUAAGUAUUACAAAAUCUUUUAAUUCAAUCAUUCAAAGAAAACAAAAACAGAGAAAGAAAAUAAAAGAAGAAAGAAAAAAAAAGAAUAAUCAUGGAACGAACUUCAAAAUUAAUGCAUAAUUUACGAUAUAGACAAAAAAAUUUUCAUUCACAAAUGGCAAAAUUAAAAAUUGUAUCAAUGAUAUUUAAUUCAAUAUUAAUCAUUAUUGGUAUUAUUAUAUUUAGUUCAGUAUUAUUAGUAAUUAGUUAUCCAAUUUGGUUAAAAAUGUUUAUAUCAUUACAAAAAAUUACAAUAAGUUAUGCAAUUUUAAUAUGGAUUGUAUUUUUUUGUAUUACAUCAAUAAUAUUAGGAAUCAUUGGAAUAUUUGCUAUACAACGUAAAGCAACAUUAAUUUUAGGCAUACAAAUAUUUGCCCUGGUAUUUUUAGCAGUGUUAGAAAGUGGUAUUCUUUAUACUAUACUAUCACAAUGGUUAAGACAUUUAGAAGUCGGUGUAACAUUUGCUGUUCAAAUGUUUCAACCUGGUUUAGAAGAUAAAACAGUUAUGGCAAAUAUACAAGAAGCUCUUCAUUGUUGUGGUAGAGGAUCUUAUGAUGAUUAUGGUGUGGCUAAUGAAGCAAUACCUAAACAACAUGUACCAUAUUCAUGUUGUGAUUUACAAACUUAUACAAAUGAACAUUGUAAUAAUGCAUCAAAAUUAACAAAAACUAAAAUUACCUCAUUAUCAAAACAAUCUCCUGAAUUUAAUAAUCUUCUAUAUGUUAUUCCAUAUUAUUUAGCUUAUCCUGAAGGUUGUGUUAAUCGAUUAAAAAAUUUAUUUUUACCAAUAGUUAUUGGUUGUUUUUGUCUUUUAAUAUCUGUGAAUAUUUUUGCAACAUUUAUAAAUUGUUUCUAUGUACAAAAAGCUGCUGAUGAAGAAGAAUAUGAACAAAAUUGGCUUGAUUCACAAAAUUUUUUAAAAGAAACUAAAGAAGCAUUUUGUUUACGACCACAGAAACAAGUAGAAAUUUCAUGUGAUGCUUCAAUUUCAAAUGUAGACGAUCUAAGUGUAUUUCAAGGACAAUUAUCACGUAGACGAACUAGUUCUAUACCAACUGAUAUGAAUUAAAUCAAUAACUUAUUGAUUUUAUUCUCUUUUCUUUUUAUUUUAUCUGUAUAUUCCACAUAGUGUUUGUUUUGUUUUUAUUUUUGUUUUUUUUUUCAUUUUUCAUGAAGUCAACUAUUUCCCAAUAGUUACUUCUUUAAAAAGAAAAAAAAAAGAAAUCCGAAAUUCAAGCAUUUAUCAACUUUUGAAAAUAAAAAAAAUGAAUGUUAACAUUUUUUUUUGUGUGUGUGUGAUUAGAAUAUGUAAUAAUAACUCUGUUAGAACAACUGUCAUGAUUCUUCUGUUCGUCUCUAACGUCUGAAGUUCUUUGUAUCUAUGAAUGUUCUUUGUAUGAUAAUACAAUGAUAUCUAUUCAUUUGAUCAUCUCACUAUAUAUAUAUAUAUAUAUAUAU